AGUUCCUCACAUCAAAUAUCUCCCUGCCGAGAAGGCAGCGCUCCUUCUCUUUCCUCGUUUUUGGGGCUGGGGGGCAGGGGUCUGCUUUGUGGUGCUGCUGUCUGCUGUAAGUUAUUCUUACCAUGUACCGAGGAACGCCGCAUCAAAUAAAAGAGGAGGACUUUGCAUAGCGAUAGAUCCUCUCCGGUUACUAAACUUACCACUCUCCUAAAUUUAAGGCUCGGGGAUUAAUAGUACUUAAAGGAGGACACAUCGGCCGCUUUACUUCCUCUCUGUCCUCUUCUCCUUCCUUCAGUAACCUCAGGAAACCUGCUUUGCUUAAGCAGAAGGCGAGCAGCCCCUGGCUCUCUAUGGGCAGUGUUUGCAGGUAGCUCGGUGGAGCACCCAGCAGAUCCAUGCUGCAGAGCUGGCAGCCGCAGUCAGGGCUCCCCGUGCUGGGUGUGCAGACGUGUGCCCUGAGAACUUCAGAAUGGGGAGAAUUCCUCUUCCCUGUGGCUUUGCUUGAGAAACUGUUACUGUAUGUGGGUUCCGUGCAAACGUGUGAGUGUUACUUGGUUGAUACUUAGCAGUAUGCACAGGAAUGCAUCGCAGCCCCUGGAAGCUGCCCUUCCCUCUGCCCUCACUUUAUACACUUCUUCUGAAGUUCUUCAAGUUCAGGAGGCCUUUGGGCGUUCCUCGCUUUCCUCCAUCCCACCCGCCGUCCUCUUAGUGUCAGCGCUGUUAGUGUGUCCGGUGGAGCAGCGUUCUCUUGGGGUGUGCGGCUGAGGAGCAGUGCAGGUGAAGCAGGCCGUGCCAGGGCCGUGGGAUGCUUGUCCCUGCUGCUGCUCCCUCGGCCUCGGGGCAGCAGGGAACUGCUGGGGUUCCGCAGCCCUGCGCUCACUCCAGUUCUCGUGUGUCGCCCGCUAAUGCUAAAAUCAAUAUUUGCCGAUCGCAUAACGUGAUCAGCAGCGUUGCAUGAUGGGUGCAGAGGGGUGGAGCGGGGCCGGUUCUGCUUCGAUGCUAAAGAGCCCAUCUCUGCCGUGCUGUGUGCUGAUCCAUCCUGGUGCUCAGCUUCCUUGGCGGCAGGUCCCGCACACAAAGCGCUGCGGGUCCUUGGAGCGCGGCCCUGCUGCUGCCAGCACGGGGGGGUCACAGCGCGCUGCCAUCGCUGUGGCUGCUCAGGGCCGAGUCACAUUACUGCGGAUUUUGCUGUGGGAACAGGUGGGGGUUUAUCCCAUUAUCCCUUCUGGUCCCAGCGUGCGUUCCGUAGGAACCGUGCAGGAAAGGCACCAGCAGAAGAAUGUGGCCGACAGCGAGUGUAAAUUAAAGACGUGGGUUUUACUUUUAUGUACCUAAACAGAUUUCUUUUAUAAUUUUUCUUUUAGUCCAAUACAUAGCGGCUUGAAGAGCGUAGUGGGCGGCAGCUGCUCGGGUGGUUUAAAUGAUAAAGAACGUAAAUAGAACGCUCUAUCUGUCCGACAAACGUGAAGCUCCCAGGAGGAAGGAGUUGUGGAGGCUGCUCUGCGCUGUGUGCUCAGACUGCGGGCAGCCCUGCCGUGCUGGGCUCCUUCACAAAGGCACCAAGCGCCAGCCUCGCUGCUUUGUGCAGCUACGGAGAUGAAGUUCUGUGUCAUUCCUUGGUUGGCAGAAAGUGGUUGUCCUCCAAAGAAAGCACUGCCCCGGAGAACUUGGCUUGGCCGUUAUCAGAGCGAUGCGCUUCUACGUGUUAGCUUUAAAUCAAGAGUUAUUUGUGAUGGUUAUGUGCCCACGUUAAGGUCUGAAUAACUCAUUGGUAAGAGUAAUUUGUGUGAGAUAGUGCAGGAUUGCUUCUUCGGGGGGGGUUGCGUAGAGAUGCUCCUUCCCUCCCCUAGCAAGUACUGAAAAUGGAGACCAGUGAGCGCUGCUCAUUGAGCGGAGCCCUCAGAUGCUCUGAAGGUCAUGCAGCGUUUGGAAGCACCACGUGGCUGCUGGGGCUGAUGGAUGCACCCGCACCGAGCUGCGGGAAGGGCCCGAGCACCAUGGUGCUGGGAGGACGUGAGACCGAGCGGCUUGCCUUCCUCGUAGCGAGGAGCCAGGUCCCUGCCCGUAGCCGAGCACGCGGUCACAGACUCCUUUUGCCUCCCAGUCAUGCUUGGUGCUCCUUAGCUGAGGCACGUGUGCUUGGACACGUGUUAAGUUGCCAGCUCAUCCCUAAAUAGCAGCCUCCAGUGACCUGCAAGCGCAGCGCGGCGCGUGCUGUAACCAGGAACCUGGGGAAGGAGGAAUUCCACCUUACAGAACUGCUGAGACCUGAAAAUCCAGCUGGGUUUUCUUCUGGCAACUUCAAAGCUCGCAGGCCUGUAUAGACGAGAACCUGGACAUGGUGAAGUUCCUCGUAGAAAACGGAGCCAACGUGAACCAGCAAGAUAACGAGGGCUGGACCCCCCUGCACGCGGUGGCAUCAUGUGGCUAUCUGAACAUAGCAGAGUAUUUAAUUAGUCAUGGAGCCAAUGUGGCUGCUGUGAACAGUGAGGGGGAAGUCCCGUCCGACAUCGCGGAGGAGGCGGCCAUGAAGGACCUGCUGCUGGAACAAGUGAAGAAGCAAGGUGUGGACCUAGACCUGGCAAGAAAAGAAGAGGAGCAGCAGAUGCUGCAGGAUGCCCGGCAGUGGCUGAACAGCGGGAGAAUCGAAGAUGUAAAGCAGCCUCAGACGGGUGCCACCGCGCUUCACGUUGCUUCAGCAAAGGGCUACUCUGAAGUCAUGAGGCUCUUGAUCCAGGCCGGGUUUAAUUUGAACGUCCAGGACAACGAUGGCUGGACUCCGCUCCACGCUGCUGCGCACUGGGGGGUGAAGGAAGCCUGCUCCAUCUUGGCUGAGGCGCUGUGCGACAUGGACGUCAGGAACAAGCUGGGCCAGACGCCAUUCGACGUGGCCGAUGAGGGGCUGGUUGAGCAUUUAGAAAUGCUGCAGAAGAAGCAGACAGUGCUGCGGAGUGAGAAGGAGACGAGGAAUAAGCUGAUUGAAGCUGACAUGAAUGGCAAACCUCAAAGCGGAGUCUUCCUGAACAAAGAGAAAAUUCUCUAUGAGGAAGAUAGGCUGAAGUCCAUGGAGACGGAGGAAGAGAACAAGGACUCAAGCAGUUCUAGCUCUGAAGAAGAGGAAGAAGCUGAAGAAGAUGAAGUUUCAGAAUCGGAUGCUGAAAAGGAGUCGGAAAGGAAGGAGGAGUCCUUUGCCAACCACUCCAGCCAUGACACCAGGCCCAGCAUCACUGAGCAAAUACCACCACCAGAGUCCAACUCCUUCACUGCAUCUGCCAGAAGAUUCAGCUGGCUCAACAAGUCUGAGGAGCAGAAGGACGAGUCGCCUUCGUCGUGGCGGCUGGGCCUGCGGAAGACGGGCAGCCACAACACGCUGAGUGAGGCCGCUGCUGCUCGUGAGGCGCAGAGAGAGAAGUCUGCUUCCAUCUAUCGCUCUUCGUCGAGUCCUCGCAUAUCUGCGUUACUGGACAGCAAAGAAAAGGAUAAAGAGAACAAGAGCUAUCUCGCCACGAUAGCCCCCAGAAGACUAAGCAGUGCGAGUGACAUAGAGGAAAAAGAAAACAGGGAAUCAGCUGCUAACAUAGUGCGGAGCGGCUCCUACACCCGGCAGCCGUGGAGGGAGGAACCGAAGGGAAACGAAGCUCCCCACCCUGGUGCCCCUGCCACCUACGUAUCUACCUACUUGAAAAGUGCUUCAUUUGGUAGAAGUAGUGACCUCAGCAGUCCCUACAUUUCAGCCAGUCGCAAUACAUCUCUAGCUACCUCACCCACUGCCAUUGGUUCAUCUACCUCACUGAGCACCCCGUGGCAACCUGCCUCUGCCUGCCCCACACCUCUCGGUGCGAACACCUCCGCGUCCGCCCGCCAGUACUCCAGAGCCCCUUUCAGGCAACAAACUGAUUCUGCCGUAGAGAAAAAUACAGAGGGCCUCUCUGCUAGCACCCCCCUAGGUGUAAUCACAAACCGUGCUGUACUCGGCUCUGCUAACGGUAUUGCCAAUGCCGGUGCUGCCUCAACCACAGGAAAGGACUGCUCUGCUGAGGAAGCCAGGGAGCGCAGAAGGUCAUAUCUGACCCCGGUGCGGGAUGAGGAGGCCGAGUCGCUGAGGAAGGCGCGAUCCAGGCAGGCUCGGCAGACGCGCAGGUCCACGCAGGGCGUGACGCUGACGGACCUUCAGGAGGCAGAGCGAACCUUCAGCCGCUCGCGGGCAGAACGACAAGCACAGGAGCAGCAGGGCGAGAAGGCCGAGAGCACGGAGCCCGCCGAGGGCGGCAGCGAGAGGCAGGAGCCGCGCUCCCGGUGGAGCAGGAACGCGGACGAGGAGACUGCCUAUCGGCGAUUAAGGUGCCCAGUGCAACCAGACAAACCUACAACACCUGUGUCUCCUUCUACGUCAGCUCCUCUCCUUUAUACAAGUUCUUACCUAACUCGAACAAAUAAAUACCUGGGUCUUGACUCUGUGAAUCCAGCAGACUUCAGAGGUGCAGCCACAGAGAUGGAGAAAAACGAGUGCGAAGACCCAGAUUUAGACGACAGAGCUCCGAACAAACAGUCGAUCCGAGAGAGGCGGCGGCCAAAAGAGAGGCGAAGAGGCACCGGCAUCAUCUUCUCAACAAAAGAUGACGACGACGACGCUGAUGGAGACGAGGAAGUGAAGGAAACGCGGCAUGAACGACUUUCCAGGUUGGAAGCAGCUACAACCCCCGCCACCACUGACUCCUCCUACAGCGACCGUGCCUCCAGCCGCUCCAGUGCCUACAGCCGCAGAGAGAACCGCCUAGCCGCCCUCAGCAGCAGGGCAGAAGAGGAGAGCAACAGGGACUACAAAAAAUUAUAUGAAAGCGCCCUGUCUGAAAAUCAGAAGCUGAAGUCAAAACUGCAAGAAGCGCAACUUGAGCUGGCCGACAUCAAAUCCAAGUUGGAAAAGGCAGCCCAGCAGAAACAGGAGAAAACUUCUGACCGGUCUAGCAUGCUGGAGAUGGAGAAAAGGGAGAAGCGAGCCCUGGAGCGGAAACUCUCUGAAAUGGAAGAGGAGAUGAAGAUCCUGACGGAGCUGAAGUCGGACAAUCAAAGGCUGAAGGACGAGAACGGAGCGCUCAUUCGUGUCAUCAGCAAGCUCUCCAAGGAGAAGAGAAGGAUGCGGACUGGUGCUGCGCUGCCGCUACCUCCCAGGACCCCGCGGCUGGUGAGCAGCAGGGAGCUGCUGCUGUGCAGAGCGAUGCUGCAGGAGCCGGUGCGGCGUGCCCGCACAGCCGGGAGAUGUGACCGUGGGCAGGGACUCCGAGGACGCGCGUCAGCCCACGUGCGAUGUGGGACCUUGGCUAAAAUGUGAUGCCACGAGGGAUGGCAGCAGAGCUGAUUCCUUCAGCAGGCGGGGACGGCUGCUUUGCACAGAGACCUGGAUCUCUUUUAUUUAAUAUCCAAUUGCAGACGUGCUGGGUAAGUCCCUCACCGUGCUGCUGCUGGUGGUGGGGUGCUGCAUCCCCCCAGGGCCCCUGCCGAGCUCCCUGCGCUCAGCAGCACCCGGUACCUGCACCUGGCCCGCUGUUCCCGGGGUGGCAUCGCAGACAUUUGCCAAACUUGGUGAAGGAGAAGGCAUGGGAUGUCUGCCCACAGGCGGAGCCCUGCCGAGCAGCCUGGCCGGGUAUUUCAGGUCCCUGCGAUGGCUUUUCAGCGUCAGGCUGCCAACAGAACCGAGCACGGCUCCUCGCUGAUGGGUUUCGCACUGGGGCACGGAGCUGCCGUAGCUGUCCUCCACGUGGGGCUGCAGGGAGCUGCGUCAAAGUCUUUUAAUCUGUCAGAAGUUUGCAGUCAGCCUCGGCCUUGAAGGAAACCUCAAGAAAAAACCCCAACCCUCUGUAGUGUUGUACGGACUCAGAACAGUUUGCAAUUGUUCUCUCUGUGGGCAUUCGGGCAGUGACUCCUGCACGUGCUGCAUGCAGUGCCCCGGCACCAGACCUGCUGAGCUUCCCCACCAGCCCGCUCUGCUCGCAGCGCGCAGCCCCGCUCCAACCUCCUUCCUCUCCUCUCCUCUCAUUGCCUUUGUCCCUGGAUUUCCUGCUCUGUGCCCUGGGCUCCCCGUGCUCGGCGGUGGCAUCGCGCUCCGCUGGGUUCGUGGCGCUGCGCUGAGAUGCGGUUGGAUACUUGAACACGAGCGUAGCUCUUAAGCUUGCUCAACAGGGUAAGAUUCAUCAGUCUGUCCUGGCACCUUCUGCUGGCUGUCGUGUGCGUUUCCCUCUCCCUUGGGGCUUUUUGGUUUUGUUUCUUUGUAAUUCUCCAUCUUCCCCUCCCGUCCCACCUCUCUCUGUGCCGGGUGGGCUCAGGGCAGCUCCGCACAGAGCUCCCACUGCUGCUGCACAGCCCCACGGCCGCUCCCCUGCUGCUGUGCUUUGGGGAGGAGGAGACGCGCUCUGACGGCACCAGGGCACCAGGCAGCCCGUAUUCCUGCUUCAUGCAUCCCUGCUCUAUGGGACAGCUGUAAGCCUUGAGCUCCGGUCAAUGCUUUCCCCGCACGCCGCUCCCCCUCGGUGCGCGCUGGAUGUGAGUACGGCUGCGUCUCGCUGUUCUCUCCCACCCUCACCCAGCCCCGGGCUCUGCUGCAGCAGUGCCGCCCUGCCCCGCUCCCGCUCCAUGGUCGGGGCAGCCCGAGCCCCUGGCUGCUGGGGCCCGGCCUCCAGCUGCAGCGAUGCUGUGCCCCUUCCUCCCGGGACGCUCAGUGCGCCCUGUCCCCGAGGAGCUGGACACGAAGGGCUGAGCCGCGCGGCACCGAGCGGAGCCAAAGCUGCAGGGGAUGCGUGGCAGCACUGAGUCCCAGCCAGCGCCGUGCGUGCUCCGUGCUGACCACGGGAGCUCAAACCCAAUGGUGGGAAGGACGAGGUGCUCUCCUGGAGCUGAAUGAAGCAGAGCCCUGGGGAGGCGGCGGGCGGGAUUCCCUGCGUUCCGCGCUGGGGACGGGGCGCAAGGAAAGAGGUUCCUGGAACUGUCCCCUCCUUGACGCGGAGCAUCUGCCAGGCGUGGUCUCCUUUGGAGAACACGGAGCUUUUUUUCUAAGCAGUGCUUGGGGUGAAUUCGUUUUUAUUGCUUGGGGUGAACCCCAUCGUGGCUGCGAGUUUGAUGGUGGCUCCCUGUAAAUAAACCCCUUGGAGGAAGCGGGACUGGGGAACCAGGCGGGGACAGAAUGUAUUUUUAUGCAACUCUGAGUGGCCUUUCAAACCCUGAGAUGAAUGAUUUGUUUUACUGGUUGUUGUUAUAUAGUAUUCUAAGUAUUACGUGUUUGAAAGUUUGGGAAUAAUAUUCACAUCUAUGAUGCUUGUAAACACGACAGUAUUUAUAAAUAAAUAAAAUAAGAGUUGAUAAAAUAGAA